UUUUUUAUAUCAACAAACACAAUAUAAUAUAUAUCGCAAAACCUGUUCCUCAAUAAUAAAUCAUCACGAAAAUCUUAUGAUUAGUAUGAUGGUUGUCAGUUACAACUAGUCUUAACCAAUUUUGCCUUUUAAAUUUUACAAAAAUGGAAGUUAAAUCUGCCCCAACGCUUUACAACAUUUGCCUGAACGCCCUGGUGACAAAAUGUACGACCUCCAUGUGUUCAACGUGCAAGAACGAUUUUAGAUUGUUGCCUAAUACUGCUCUUUGUGACUUUUAUGAACGACUUUUUCAAGAGAGAAGGCUCUGCUUUCUUGCCAAAGAGUUUAGCAACUUAGACAUAUUCAACAGGCUACUGUAUGUUAAAGGCAAAAGGCAUUUUUUAAUUUGUUGCUAUCAAGCUCUCUUAAACCAUGAUGAAAACUUAUCAAAAAACCUCUUAAGCACCUUUCAAGCCUUAUCAUCUAACAGUAAUAAAACCAACAUUGAUCUUAUAGAUCUAGGACUUCAAAUUGGUAGUUUUAUGAAUGAUGGAGGGUGGUACCUUUACAGUAUUAAAUUUUUAAAUAUCACAGAACAAUUUAUUAAAGAGAAGAAUAUGGAUAAUGCACUGUUGCAGUUACUCGAGUGUUAUCGAUUGAAACUGAAUGCAGAGUCUUUGUAUUGUGAAUUUUCAAAGGCAGCACAAACAUUUAAUGAAGCACAAAAUAUCAUAAGGAAACUGGAGGAAAUUCAUUUAGUACCAUCACUUGCAGGUGUUUAUUGCACCUUUUCCACUUACCAUUUUGUUAGAAGUAACUUUGAUGAGUCAUAUGAGUGGGCUAUUAAGGGACUGAAGCUUCUACCUACAGGCCUUCCAAACAGAACCAUUUUAGAGGUGCUCAGACAAUCUUCUAAGGCCUGUGUGAUAAAACGUAAAUUCAUGCAGGCCGACCUCCUGAUAACCCAAGCCAAGAACUUGGGCGAGAUGCUGCAUAACCAAAAACGACUGCCAACAUUUUCCAACAUUUUAAUGGACUAUGGAUUCUUUUUGUUAAACUCUGAUGCCGUAAGCGAGAGCGUUUCAGUGUAUGAAGAGGCUCUGAAACAAAGAAUUGAGGUGUUUGAUAGCAAUAACAUUCAAAUCGCUUUGGCACAUGAAGACUUAGCUUAUUCCUUGUAUGUUAAUGAGUAUAGUUCAGGGAAUUUUUGGCAGGCCAAGGAAAACGCCGAAAAUUCUAUAAAAAUCAUGGAAAAAAUAUUGCCAAAGGACCACUUACUUUUAGCCUCAGUAAAACGAGUGCAAGCCCUGAUAUUGGAAGAAAUCGCUCUAGACGACCGGUCCCAAGCAGAGGCGCAACAAAAGCUCUUAACAAUAGCGGAGAAAUUGCACAUCAGUGCCUUGAGUUUAAGCCAAGAAUUCUUUGGGAUUACCCACGUUCAAACUGCCAAACAUUACGGGAAUUUGGGUCGUUUAUACCAAACUAUGAAACAAUUCGAGCGCGCAGAACAAAUGCACUUAAAAGCCAUCGAAAUCAAACAACAACUGUUGGGUCCUUACGAUUAUGAAGUGGGUUUAAGUAUCGGCCAUUUGGCAUCACUUUACAACUACCAUAUGAAGAAAUACAUUGAAGCAGAACGACUUUACUUGCGUUCGAUCGAAAUCAACAUACGUCUCUUCGGCCCAGCUUACUCCGGCCUGGAAUACGAUUAUCGUGGGCUUAUAAACGUUUAUAACCGAUUAGUGGAGCCGGAAAACGCCCUUUUUUACAAUCGCAAGUUCCGGGAAUGGAGGGAAUUGCGUUCGAAUAUCGGUCCGGUGGUACAUAACCGCACCCUAAUGGAACCAAAGGAGAUUUUAAAGAUUUUUUUUGAAAUCGAAGAGGAGCAACGCCAAGUGGAAUUAUCCAGGGCCACUUUGGUCAACCAAUUCCGCCAAGCGAAGGAAAAUCAAAGAGAAAACGUUUUGUAAAAAAUGUGAAUUAUUUUCUAGUCAUUUUAGUGUGUAUGCGCAUGUGUGGUUAGUAUAGGGCGAAAACCGAUAUCGGGCUGUUGAUUAGUUUUUAGUUUUUAACAAGAAUAUUUUUUAUUUUUUAACAGAUGUAUACGUUAAUAAACAAACUUUUACCGAAAUAA